CGUUGUUCUGACGCGCUAUGAUUACGACACGCCAGUUUCUCUCCAAGGUCGCGCGCGCCAGCAUUGUCAAGGGGAAAGCCCCUAUGCUUGAAAAUGAUGAAGAUAAAGAAAGAAGAGCAGACGUCAAGCCCGAGAAGUUGCUUAUUGGUGGAGUGAAAAACAGCGACACAACGAAGAAGGAAACGGUAAAAGAAACCGAGAAGAAACCGGAAGAGAAACCGAAAAAGAAACCCAACGGGAAUGGUGAUGGAAACGGGAAUGGAGACGGGAAUGGAAACGGGAAUGGUGGUCCCAACGGUCCCACUCCCCCUCCUAAGAACAAUGCCAAACCCGCAGAUCCGACUAAGCGAAGGAAAAAAGAAAAAGUGAAGAUGAAAUUACCUUUCACUUUUUCUAAUAAGAAAGAAGAAAGCCUUCCACUCUGGAUCGCAGAGAUCCAGACCUAUGUUGGGACUGCACCGGUAGAAGAAGAGUCGCAAGUUGCGUUCACCACUUCUUGUAUGGGUGGUGAAGUGAAGCAGUGGGUUCUGGCGGAGGCGAAUGCCGCAGGGUUUGACGAUAUAGGUGAGUGGGCGAAGACGAUGACCUUGAAGCAGUUCCUUGCAAAGGUCAAGGACCGCUUCUUGGACAAGACCACGGGCGAUAAGGCCUUCGACCAACUCACCUCGAUAGGACAGAAGUCCUGGUCUUCCUUUGAGUCAUUGUCUCGUGAGGUGGAACGCCUGUUGCAGGUUCCUGGUCUUAACCUGCAGGACUCUCAAGUCCUUUAUAUCUACUCCCGCGCGUUGCCCGAACCGAUACGAGGGCACUUGGUCGCCGAGGCCAAGUCAGGUAAGUAUACCUACCACCAGUUCCGCGAACUUGCAUUGCAGCGGGAAUUAACGACUUCGCAAGUCAAAGGUUCCUAUGCUGCUGCCGUAAAGAAUGGAGGAGAAGGCGGUCGAGGAGGCUACGGCAAGCGGGUCAUAUGGCGUCAAAAGCGCCAAGACCACACCCUCGUCGUAUUCGACGACGAUACAAUGGAGAAAUGGCCAUUGGAGUCCGAGGGUGGUGGUGAGAGCAACAGUGACUCCGGAAAGGGGGAGAUCACUGCUGCGACGGUCAACAAGGGAGGACCGUCAUCGAACACUCGACCGAAGGGAAGACCACGCUCCUUUCCAUACCAUCAUGGGAUUGCGGCCGGCAGAUCGUGGCUGAAGAUGGGACUAACCCGGGAGGUGUGGCAAGAUAGAACGGAUAAUGCGCAGUACCUCAAAUGUGGCACUGCGGGGCAUGUCAUUGCCUUUUGUCCGUUGAUUAGGAAUUCAAAAGGGAGCAGCCAGUAGGAAUAACAUCUGUUCCUACAGAGCCGGAGAGUGCGAUCACAUGCAAGGCGCCUACGAUCCCUUUCCACACUCCGACUCCCAUGGCAGA